CUUAUACUUAUCACACUUAGUGCGCUUGCACUAAUUCCUAAAAUUAUUACGAAUAUCACCGAUGGAAUACCAUAUAAAGCCAAUAAAAUAUUCUUAAAAUCUAUAGUGCAAACAUUAGUUUUACGAGUAAUGUUAAAAACCAAUAUAAUAAAAAAAAACUCCUCGUCAAAAAUGAUACGUUAUCGUGUUUAAAAAAAUAACAGCUAUGUAAAUAAAUUAACAUAGAUACCGUGUUCAUUAUACAGUUUCGAAUUUUACCUACAGUUUCGAUCGUCAUAAAAAUCUAUCCACAAGUCACGAGAAAAUCACUUAAAAACAGUUCGUUUCGUUUUAAUAUUUUUAGGCGAGUAGCACAGUAUCAACAAAACGUCAAAUAUUUGUAAAUAAAAAUGAAGCUCUGCUGCAUUUUAUUAAUAUCAUUUGCCUUAAAAAAUGUUUUUGCGCCAACAUUUUUAAGAAUUGAUUUUAAAAGGCAGAUUAUCCUAACAAAUGAUUAUAUCUAUCAGGCCGCUAGUAAAAAUAAAUUGCAUACUGUUGUCAAAAAUAUUGUGUGUGGACCAUCAUCUGUUGAGGAUGUUGCUAUUAUGUUGGCUGUACCAGAACUUGCACACACUCGUUAUUUAGGACAAUGCAUAAAUCGAGAAACUAGUAUUGGAACAGAACUAAACAUAGUAUUACCAUUACAUAUUCCUGAUAUUUCUGACGACGUUGCUCAACGCUUUGAACUUGAAACGCUUGGGAAGAUACGAAGAAAUCAAACUAAAAAGGCUAUAAAAACUUUAAUCAUCAGUGCGAUAAAAUUAUCAGUAGAAAACGCUUACCUUUUGGUGAACUAUUAUAGGAUUAUUUCGAUGUAUAGUGGAAACGAACCGGAUAUCGAUUUCCCCAUUCUGUGUCGCUUCAUCGCAUUGUUCAGAUGUACAGUCUACCAUAGUACUGAAUUAUAUACAAAAAAAGUUACUGUUGACAAUAAUGAUACCUGCACCAUCAUUACUGUACGCACUGUUGCCAAAUAUAAAAUCUUAGAGAACGAAAUUUGGCAAGUAAACUUUAUAAAUUCUCAAAAAAUACAAAAACUUAGUGAGGAGUUAGAUAUCAUCAUAAUGGACGAAACGGUUCAAUAGUUAAGCUGAUUUAAAACUAUAUUAAAGUGCACUUAUAUUCAAAUUGACAAUUGAUUGUUUGUAUUUUGUAAUAAACAAUUUUCAGCAUUUUAAA